GGUGCAGGACUAUAUGGUGGGUGACGUUAAGAUUCCCUGCUGCACCUUUACAGGUUGUUACAAAUAUUUUAAGAGAUGGAUGUAAAUUGGGCUUUAUAGGUUUAGAGGGUCAAUUAUAUCUUAUCAAUUGGGCCAAAGGUUGUUGUGCAGUGUGUCCUUUCAUGUAGCGAUUUAAAUGUAAGAAAGUGUGGGACAGAUGGUCUCUGUGGCCACAGAAUUGGGAUGUAUGUGUCUGGCAGGGAAACCGACUUGGGAAACUGAUAGGUAGAAAGAUUGCUGCCAGGCUCAGAGAGAAGCCUUUGGCUGUGUUGUAUGGGAUGGCGCAGAGCAGGUAUGAUGUUUUCCUGGCUGAUAAUUAAGAUUUCCAUCAGAUAUCUUGGGGUAUUGAGGUGCAGAACCUUGAUGGGGAAAACAGCAGCCUUUUAGAUUUUAUACUUUUGCAUGAACACACGGCAAACCGGCCCACUGAGCAACAGUCCACUGAUAAGCCAAAGAGUUGAAAGUUUUCAUUUCUAAAGAAGUCGAGGGCAGGUUGGGGAUUUAGCUCACUGGUAGAGCGCUUGCCUAGCAAAUGCAAGGCCCUGGGUUCGGACCUCAGCUAUGAAAAAAAAAAAAAAGAAAGAGGAGGGCAGCACCAUGUUAGGCAUGUGGUAUCUCAAUAUUAGGAAUUUAAACAAAGAAACAGAGAAGCACCCUGGGAUGGCACAUUGUAGAUUCCCUGCUGUGUGACAAGUAAUGGCAAGUCAUAGAGUUAGAGAUUUAAAGCUGCUCUUUAAAGUGCGUUGUUUCUAAAAUCUUUCAUGAUACUCAUAUUUCUUUUAACGUGGGCUCCACAGGAAUUCUGGGUGGAAAUCCUAGUUAGACAAGCUGCUUAGUAAGGACCAUUUUAUUAACAGGUGAAUAAGUUCAAUUUUACAAAGAAGAGAGUAAAGACAUUGCUUGAAACACGUGGGGAUUUUCACCAUAGUUUGGUACUUGGAGUGAGUGAACAAUUUUUCCCUAUCUAAGUAGAGAGUUGUGAUAAAUACCUUUAACUCUGGUCAGAGUGGAUACAGACAUAUAUUGUGGAAGAUAUGAAGGUUAAUUAAACACAUGUGGCUCUGGGUAGAGAGCUGAACAGAUGGAUACAUUUUGGCUAAUGUCCUGAAUUUUAAAUUGGUUUUUGGUAUUAGACUUGAUAGAAGAUGUUUAAAUUUGUCUAAAGGAGAGUACAGAGGGUGGAGCCAGAAGCAGCCGCCAGCAUGGAUGUGUUCCUCAUGAUCCGGAGCCACAAGACCACCACCAUCUUUACAGACGCCAAGGAGUCGAGCACGGUGUUCGAACUGAAGUACAUCGUCGAGGGUAUCAUCAAGCGGCCGCCAGAGGAGCAGCAGCUGUACAAGGACGACCAGCUCCUCAAUGAUGGAAAAACUCUGGGCGAAUGUGGCUUCACCAGUCAGACAGCAAGGCCACAGCCCCCAGCCUCAGUGGGCCUGGCCUUUCCAGCAGAGGACACCGUUGAAGCGCUGCUUAUUGAACCCUUCUCCAGCCCUCGGAGCUUCCAGAUGUGAUGAAGCCACAGGAUUCUGGAGGCAGUGCCAAUGAACAAGCUGUGCAGUGAGGGCCCCAGGCCUACCCCCUAAAAACCCACUCCCCCAAUAAAAAAAGAUUUGCCUGUCUAAAAAAAACAAAAAACAAAAAAAAGGAGAGUACAGAGAUUAUGAGAAUCACAUGGGGAUUUUCAUGCAUGGAUCGAAACUUAGGACGGGACAAAUUAGUCCCUGGAUCCACUUAGAGUAUCCAAUGUUACUUAGUAGUAAUUAAGGUUCAAUAAAAUCUGUGACUCCCGGUAAAGAGCUAAACAGAUGGAGAUAGAUAGAUAGAUAGAUAGAUAGAUAGAUAGAUAGAUAGAUAGAUAGAUAGAUAUUUGUCUUAAGGUUAAACAAAAAUCUGUUGCCUAACAUAUGUCCAUCUCUAAAGCCCUCUACCCUGAGUCAAAGUCCUGGUUUGAUACAUGGCGUAUUGGUAUUAGAAUUGAGAGAAGUUUUUAAAUGUGUUUUAUGUGUUAGCCGCUAAAAGCCAUAUCUCUGGUUGAUGACGGCCAGCGAGGGUGUGCGGUUAAUUUGAUAUAUUCAAGAAUAGGAAGCUCAGAUUCUCUUCACGUGGGCUCCACCGGAUUAUUCGGUUCAUUUCCUGAUAUCAUAGAGUACAAAAGUGUAUCAGGCUCAUUGUUUAGCUUACUUCGUGUGUUAAAAAGUCGUUUAAUCGUCAUAAUGGGUGUGCCUUUGAGUUUUAUGGUUAUAUUAUUAGUCCGGGAAAGAGUACAAGAUACAAGCUAUUUGGAUACAGACUGAGUAACACAAUAUUUUGGGACAAAUGUAUUGUCUUUGUGCUUUUACAAAGUGUGGUUAGGCUCUGGAAACCUCACAGAGUCCUACUGAUCUGAUUUGAUAGAGGUAGACCUCCUGAAAAAAUGAUUCAGGAGAAUCAAACAGAAAAAGUUAUCUGAAUCCUAAACGUUUGUCUUGAGAGUUGUAUGAUGCGAAGUGUGCCUACUUGGACUCCUGGUCUCAAAGACUUUAUCAGGCGGGUCCAAUCAGGACACACAUGCUACAGCAUGUGCUUCAUUAUUCCUACCCCCUACCCAGAAGGAUAUCUCAACGCCCAUGUACAGCUUGAAGAAGUUACAGAAGAGUCUUCGUCCCAGUUCCCUAGACUUUUGGGGGGCUGAAAGGGAUUAUUCUGAAGUGGUUUUUAUGAGGAAUUUAGAAAUGGUUGUUAUUUAACUGGGAGGAAGUAGAUAGGGUUAUACAGUCAUAAUCUCAUGUGGUAACUAAGCUAGCAUCAUAUCUGUGCUUUGGUAUACAAUUUAUUUGACGAAAAAUUGUAAAAGUACAAGUUUUAGAGUCAGUCCUUCUAGUGAUGUCAUUACAAAGAUCUGAGAUGAUUACACCUCUGAUUUAAGACACAAAUAACAAAUUCAUGACUCUGAGUUUGACACUUGAAACUUUCAAGAUAAUAUUUAGGAUUUGGAGACAACAGUCCAGAUUACUUUAUAUAGAUCGAUGUUCUUCAAAAACGUCAGAAAUCCACAAAAUUUGAGAUUUAAAAUUAUUUAUCCUUUGUUGAGACAUAUCUGCUCCUAACCGUUCCCUUUCCCUGAUUUAAUGAAGAAUUUGAACAUCUCGACCUCCAGGUGAUGCCAUACUUUGUGGCAAGGCAGCCACUGCACAAAGCUGCCUGUUUCAUCUGCACACUAAUACUGUCCAGAAAAGGACAAGUCAUGCAGAAUAGUUGACUGAUAAGCCCAACCAAGACAGGGUGAACAGCCCUUCCUCAUCUGCAUUUCCACAGGCUGUCAGUUGAUUUGGGGCCAGAAGGCUGAAGUCUUCCCUCACAUGUUGCUAACAGGGUACU